GACGAGGGAUGUUAUUUUGGGCAGUGCAUCCGGACUUGGCUCAAGUGGCACCAGCCAAACCCCAGCCUUACUGACCUCUCCCCUAGAGGAGCAGGAGCAGUGCUUGAGGCCGCCCUGGGAGGGCUGAGAGGCAGGCUCUGGACUGGGGACACAGGGAUAGCCGAGCCCCAGCUGGGAGUGGAAGCUGAGCCAGGGACCGUCUGGGAGGAACAAGAUCAAGAUGCACUUUAACUGAGAAGCCCCCAAGGCAGAGGCUGAGAAUCAGAAGGCAUUUCAGCAGAGUCCUGGACAGUCACAGUUUAAGUUAGCAGCAAGUGGGCUUGAGGUUAAAUGUAUAGCACGCAAAUACGAGACUGGAGCCACUGAGCACAGGCUGAGGGCAUCUCCACAGUUCAAAGCCGGGCUGCAGACAGGGAAGCAUCUACAAAUCUGAAAGACAAAACAUGGUUCAAACAUCCAGGCACAGGCGGUCCACCCGUGGCUCCAAAAUGGUCUCCUGGUCCGUGAUAGCAAAGAUCCAGGAAAUACUGCAGAAGAAGAUGGUGCGAGAGUUCCUGGCCGAGUUCAUGAGCACGUAUGUCAUGAUGGUGUUCGGCCUUGGUUCCGUGGCCCAUAUGGUUCUAAAUAAAAAAUAUGGGAGCUACCUUGGUGUCAACUUGGGUUUUGGCUUCGGAGUCACCAUGGGAGUGCACGUGGCAGGCCACAUCUCUGGGGCCCACAUGAACGCAGCUGUGACCUUCGCUAACUGUGCACUGGGCCGUGUGCCCUGGAGGAAGUUUCCGGUCUAUGUGCUGGGGCAGUUCCUGGGCUCCUUCCUGGCAGCUGCCACCAUCUACACCCUCUUCUACACGGCCAUUCUCCACUUUUCGGGUGGACAGCUGAUGGUGACCGGUCCCGUCGCUACAGCUGGCAUUUUUGCCACCUACCUUCCUGAUCACAUGACACUGUGGCGGGGCUUCCUGAACGAGGCGUGGCUGACCGGGAUGCUCCAACUGUGUCUCUUCGCCAUCACGGACCAGGAGAACAACGCAGCACUGCCAGGAACACAGGCGCUGGUGAUAGGCAUCCUCGUGGUCAUCAUUGGGGUGUCCCUCGGUAUGAACACAGGAUAUGCCAUCAACCCGUCCCGGGACCUGCCCCCUCGCGUCUUCACCUUCAUUGCUGGCUGGGGCAAAGAGGUCUUCAGUGAAGGGGAGAACUGGUGGUGGGUGCCAGUGGUGGCACCACUUCUGGGUGCCUGUCUAGGUGGCAUCAUCUACCUGGUCUUCAUUGGCUCUACCAUCCCACGGGAACCCCUGAAAUUGGAGGACUCUGUGGCGUACGAAGACCACGGGAUAACCGUAUUGCCCAAGAUGGGAUCUCACGAACCCACGAUCUCUCCCCUCACCCCCGUCUCCGUGAGCCCUGCCAACAGAUCUUCAGUCCACCCUGCCCCGCCCUUAUAUGAAUCCAUGGCCCUAGAACACUUCUAAGUAGAGAUUAUUUGUGAUCCCAUCCCUUCCCCAAUAAAGCAAGGCUUGUCCCACA